CACCUCCGCCUCGCAAAACCUCAUAAACCCUCUGGAAACUGAGUUGUGAUCGAGUUGAAAAAAAAUGGCAACUCAGUUCCCUGAUGAUUUCAAGUGUCCGAUUUCUCUAGAAAUCAUGUCUGACCCGGUUAUUUUAUCAUCGGGUCAUACAUUUGACCGUGUUUCCAUUCAACGUUGGCUAGACUCCGGUCACCGUACCUGUCCAAUUACGAAACUGCCUCUCCCUGACCAACCUUCGCUUAUCCCUAACCACGCUCUCAGAUCUUUAAUCUCCAAUUUUACCCAUACUCCUCUCCCCAAAUCACAAUCCAACUACGCCAAUCCCAACCCUCACACCCUAAUUUCCAUUCUCACAUCCAAAUCCUCUCCUCUCCACUCCAAACUCGACUCCCUCUCUCAACUCGCCGAGCUGUCGAAACGUGACUCAACUUCUCGAAGGAAACUCGCCGACUCGGGUGCCGUUUCGGCCGUUUUAAACUGUCUCAAUUUUGACUCCAAUGAUUUUACUCUUCAAGAGAAAGCGCUUUCUUUGCUACUCAAUUUAUCUCUCGACGAUGACAAUAAAGUCGGUAUCGUUGCUGAAGGGGCAAUCGGUCGGGUUGUGACCGCGUUACGGGUCGGGUCGCCCGAUUGCCGGGCCAUAGCAGCGACUAUAAUAACGAGCCUAGCUGUGGUAGAAGUGAACAAAGCGACGAUUGGAGACUACCCAUUGGCGAUAAAAUCAUUAGUUUGGCUUUUACAGAACGGGAAACUAAUCAGAGAGAAGAAAGAAGCGGCCACUGCUUUGUACGCUUUAUCUUCAUUUCCUGAUAACCGAAAACGGGUUGUUAAUUGUGGGGCGGUGGUGAUUUUGAUGCGGAUAGCUGAGUCUGGGCUUGAGAGGGCCGUAGAUGUGUUGAGUAUUUUAGCGAAAUGUAAAGAAGGAAGAGAGGAGAUGAUGAGAGUUAAAGGGUGUGUGGGUGUUCUAGUUGGGAUGAUAAAAAAUGGGAGUUCAAGAGCGGUUCAGUGUUCUCUUUUUACAUUGAAUUUUUUGUGUUGUUAUAGUGAAGAAAUAUGUGUGGAAGCGAGAAGAGAAGGGGUUUUAGAGAUGUGUAUGAGGUUGGUGGAAGAUGAUAAUGAUAAUGAGAAGCUUAGGAGAAAUGCUAAUAAUUUGAUUCAAACGUUAAGUGGAAACCCUUCUAUGCGGUGAUGGCCCAAUGGAGGUGAGUUGGGUUUUCUUUGUUGAAGAGAAAAAGAAAUAAAAUUUCUUUUUUACAUUUUGUGCUUAAUGGUUUAUAUUUUGUUAAUGGAUAGGUGUUUAUGUAAAAAAAAAAGGGAUUAGGUUUUGGUGGAAUAGUUUUUUCUUUUUAAUUUUUAAUGGUAUGUUGUACAUGAGAAUAAUUGUGUGGUUGGUGAACUCCUCAUCAAUCUGUUCAUUAGAUGGUUCAGUGUAGAAAGUCUUAAAUUGUUUAUCUGAAUUGUAAUUUGCCACAAGUUGGAAAUUUUUUACAUUUUGUUAGUGCA